UUUUGAUUAAAGGUAAUUAGUUCAUAUUUCUAUUUGGACUUGAAAUUAAGAGAGAUAAUAUGGAAACCAAUUAGAUUCAUAAUAAACUUGGGAGUUAAACAAGAGUUACUUACCAAGUAGGUUAUUCCGCCCCCUAUAUAUUUGGGGCGCUGCCAUCAAAUUAGAGAGAGAGGGCAUUAUGAGGAGGAGGAUCGAAAUCAAGUUGAUCGACGACAACUCAAAACGACACACGACCUUCACGAAACGGCGGAAGGGCCUCAUGAAGAAAGCCGAAGAAUUUUGCCGGAAGUCCGACUCCACGGCGAUGCUCCUCAUCUUCUCCUCCUCCAAAAACUGCUACGGCUUCGGUCAUCCCGAAAUCGACUACGUCUUGGACCGCUACGAGGCUGAUUCCUCUUCGGCCGAAGCGGGGACCAGCGCCGCCGGUGCGGUGACGGAGAUGGAGACUAGGAUUGGCGAUGCGGUGGAGAGCGGGCGGUGGGAGGAGGCGGUGCGGGGGUUGGGAUUCGAUGCCUUUGACCAACUCACUGCGGAGUUAGAGAACAUUAGGCGUCAAGUGGCCGCGCUUCAGACCAAAUUUGCGGCGGAGGGCUGGCGGUAGUUGAUACCAGAAAUUUAGAUUCAGAUUUUGCAUCUUUCCAUUCUUACCAUGUUUAAGUUUUCAUUACUAUUAAUUAGUUUUAUAUAGUUUGCAUUAUUCUUUUUA